AUGGCUGAUUUAUUUCCACAAGUCCAGCCGGAAUGGCUCCCCUCCAACGUCAAAUUCAUCGUCGACGACGUCGAAAGCGCCUGGAUCGACCCUAAAAAAUACGAUUACAUCUUCGUCCGCUACAUGCUCGUCUCCAUCGCAGACUGGCCGCGCCUGAUCUCCAACAUCUAUGACCACCUCACCCCCGGCGGCUACGCCGAGUUCCAAGACAUGGACGGCCUCUACUUCGCCGACGACGCCACCUACCCGCCAUCCUCCUCUCUUUGUCUUUGGAACUCGCGCUUCGUCGACGCCUGCGAGGCCAUGGGCCGCACCGCGCGGCCCGGCCCGGCGCUCGAGGGCUGGAUACGCGCGCACGGCGGGUUCCGCGGGGUGACGCACAAGCGGUUCAAGGCGCCGAUCGGGCCGUGGGCGCGAGAUCCGCACUUCAAGGAUGUUGGAGCGCUGAAUUUGCGCCAGCUGCUGGAGGGGCUGGAGGGGUUUAGCUUGAAGGUGUUUUGCGGGGUGCUGGGCUGGGAGGAGGGGGAUGUGAGGGAGUUGCUGGAGCGGGUGAGGGCGGAGCUGGGGGGAGGGGGGGAUGCAUGUUAUGUUUGA